GUCACUCACUCAACAAUAGAUCCCGCACAUCCUCCCGUCCUGUCACGGUCACUGUCAUGUGCGCCCAUGUCUCCCUGCCCGGCGAGGACCAUCGGCUGGCACGCACGCAGUCUCUCAACGCCGACAACCGCUCCCCUGCUCAGCACCGCAACUUCCUCCCGCUGAUCAACCACUCCGAUGCUCUGCACACCUCCGCCGACGGCGGUGCGUCGCCCUAUUCGACUCGUGGCUCGCAUCUGCCUUCGCUCAUCCAGUCGCGGUCCAGCGUGAAUGUGAAUGCACUGCGCAAAGGCCCAUGGAUCGCCCGGAACAACUCCAUAUCGGCUGCUGAACUCGCUACCAUGCGGCAGCGGAAAGACAGCGAGGGCAGCCUGGAUGGCUUAGAGAUUGGCCAUUCGUCUGCAGCGGGCUGGGGCGGCGGCGACAACGAGGAUCGGCGCAUGAGCUAUGCCGCGAGCAUCCUCAACACGCCUCAGGUGCGCAGUCAGCGCUUGAUCGGGUCGACCAACCCCCGUUAUCAAUGGGAGCAGUACUGGAAGACGGAUGAGCAGCUCAAGCAGAUCAAGUCCAAAGCGACGCGGAAGUACUACGAGCGCAACAACUAUCUGAUUCAGCAUUACCUGUAUAUCGAUCGCUUGCUGGAUAGCAGUCUUCCGCACGACCUCAUUCAGGAAUACCACUCGCCCCACGUCCGCUCUGCCAUCAAGCAGGGAUCAUGGCAGAAAGAUCUGCCAGAGACCAUUGACGAGAGUGUGGACGAAGAGAAUGGGCUCCCCUCGCACAUCUACCACGAGCGCGCCGGCUCGCAAGACAGCCUUUUCGCUGAUGAUGAUGCCGUGCCCGACAGUCUCAGGCCACCACAGAAAAUCAACAGAACGAAAGACUUGUACAAUGUGAAGAAACCCAACAAUAGUGCAGUUUCCAAUCGGUCUCCCAGUCAGAACCACAGCGAGGGAGAGACGGAACCUCUUCUGUCCAGUGACAGCGAUCUCGAAGCCCAGGAAAUGCCCCCGGAUUUGGAAUUGGAUGAAGAUCAUUCUUCGCAGUCAAGCAUUGUCACCGUCGCCAUCAUCGUCAACCUCAUCGCCAACACCGCCCUCCUCGUCAUGAAGGUCAUCGUCGUGGUUCUCUCCUCCUCCGUCUCCGUCCUGGCUUCGUUGGUCGACGCAGCCCUGGACUUCCUAUCCACUGCCAUUGUAGGAAUCACGACGCGCCUCAUCUCCCGGACUGAUCAGUACGCAUACCCCAUCGGUCGCCGACGUCUGGAGCCUGUUGGAGUCUUGGUCUUCUCUGUCAUCAUGAUCACGGCCUUUAUUCAGGUCAUGUGGGAGGCUUUAUCCAGUUUGACCAAUGGUGACCACGAGCCUGUCCAGCUCUCCAACUCUGCCAUUGCCAUCAUGGCGGCCACUGUUGCCAUCAAAGGCGGCUGCUGGGCCUGGUGUCGUGUCAUCAAGAAUAGCUCUGUCCAAGCCUUGGCGCAAGAUGCGAAAACGGAUGUGGUCUUCAACACCUUCUCCAUCAUUUUCCCACUGGUAGGAUACUAUGCCAACAUCUGGUGGCUCGAUCCGGUGGGCGGUAUUGCUCUCUCGCUAUACGUCAUCAUCAAUUGGAGCCGGACUGCCAAUGAGCACAUUCGCAACUUGACCGGCGCUUCUGCAAGUGCUGAUGAAAGAAACAUCCUGCUGUACUUGACCAUGAGAUUUGCAAAGACCAUCCAGAAGAUUCAGGGUUUGCAGGCAUAUCACUCUGGCGACAAGCUGAACGUGGAAGUGGAUAUCGUGCUGGAUGAGGAGAUUUCCCUCCGAGAUUCUCAUGAUCUGGGAGAGUCUCUGCAGUAUGUGCUGGAGAGUGUACCCAGUGUUGAUCGAGCAUUCGUGCACAUGGACUAUGCCGACUACAACAUUCCCACACACAUGUUUCAAGAAUCUUGAGAGUUGGAUAACAUGUGCUCAACAGUGAGUACAUGCACCUCUCGCUGUAAAAGUUUUCAUUCCAGAAUUAGCGACAGAUACAUUAUAGACAGAGAACAGGGGCUGUCUUUUACCUUUUCCACAGCCCCUGUGGUUGGUAUCCACCAGCAGCAGCAGAAGAAGAGGAAGAGGAAGAGGAAGGCACGAAAACCAAGUGCCCUCUGUGUAAGCUCUAGAUUCUUUUCUAAAUGUACUUGUAUGGGUUCAUAAUGCCGUUCUGUAGACCGAGUCAGCUCGUCACUCCACUUCCCCAAAAU